AUGUCUGUGGCCUUGGAGAAUCCCACUGUGGAGGAGAACCUAUCAAUAGGAUCCUCGAGUCCGACCCUCAGUUCGCUGCAACAGAAGCCGGGACCGAAGACACUUUCACUGUCCUCUCUCCUGCCAGGGGCCUAUCUGUCUGGAAGUGAAAGCCGAAUCACAUAUAACUUUGCUGACUCUUCUUCGGAUGAUGUAGCUUCACCAUCCUCUCCUGCCAAUGGCACUCCCGCGUCUGUCAAGGAAUCACCUGCGCCUAGCAGCCCAGGAUCUCCUUACGUUGAGCGUAGCAACCCCAUGGGUGCCGGCAACGCUCAAACAGUCAGCUCCAAAGAUCCAAAAGCUGCGGCUCAAGCCGCCACGGACAUGAAGAAUGUCGUUCGCCGCAAACUGACUGGCUACGUUGGUUUCGCCAAUUUGCCGAACCAAUGGCACCGCAAGAGUGUGCGCAAAGGAUUCAACUUCAACGUGAUGGUUGUUGGUGAAUCGGGUCUUGGAAAGUCGACUCUCGUCAACACUUUGUUCAACACCUCCCUCUACCCGCCCAAGGAGCGUACCGGCCCCAGUCACGACAUCAUCCCGAAGACAGUCUCGAUCCAGUCCAUCAGUGCAGAUAUCGAGGAAAACGGUGUCCGUCUUCGCUUGACUGUGGUUGACACUCCCGGCUUUGGUGAUUUUGUCAACAACGAUGACUCGUGGCGCCCUAUCGUCGAAAACAUCGAGCAGAGAUACGAUGCCUACUUGGAGGCGGAGAACAAGGUUAACCGCACAAACAUUGUCGAUAACCGUAUUCACGCCUGUGUAUAUUUCAUCCAGCCCACCGGCCACUCGCUGAAGCCCCUCGACAUUGAGGUCAUGCGUAGACUGCACACCAAGGUCAACCUCAUUCCUGUCAUUGCCAAGGCCGACACAUUGACCGACGAGGAGAUUUCCCUCUUCAAGCAAAGAAUUCUCGCAGAUAUCCAGCACCAUUCGAUUCAGAUCUUCGAGGGACCACGCUACGAGCUUGACGACGAGGAGACCAUCGCCGAAAACCAAGAAAUUAUGUCUAAAGUUCCUUUUGCCGUUGUUGGUGCGAACACCGAGGUCACCACAGCUGAUGGCCGUAAAGUGCGUGGUCGUAGCUAUCCUUGGGGUGUCAUUGAGGUCGACAACGAGGAACACUGCGACUUUGUCAAACUGCGUCAGAUGCUGAUCCGCACUCACAUGGAAGAGCUCAAGGAACACACCAACAACUGGCUCUACGAGAACUACCGGUCCGACAAGCUUACCCAAAUGGGUGUCGCCCAAGACCCAAGCGUGUUCAAGGAGGUCAACCCAGCAGUCAAGCAGGAGGAGGAGCGUGCUUUGCACGAGCAGAAACUCGCCAAGAUGGAGGCAGAGAUGAAGAUGGUCUUCCAGCAGAAGGUUGCAGAGAAGGAAAGCAAGCUGAAACAGAGCGAGGACGAAUUAUACGCGCGACAUCGCGAGAUGAAGGACCAACUGGAACGCCAACGCCAGGAGUUGGAAGAGAAGAAAGCCCGGCUCGAGAGUGGAAGGCCAAUCGAAGAGAAAGGGAAGAGGAAGGGCUUUUCUCUCCGUUAA